AUGGCUAAAUGGAGUCCUCCUCCUUUCCCUUCAUUCAAACUUCAGUUUGAUGGGGAUUCUAAGGGCAAUCCGGGGAGGUUUGAGAUUGGGGUAAUUAUUUUUUAUCACUCUUCAAAGAUCAUCAAAGCACAUGGCACUAAUAAUGUGGCUGAGUUUAAGGCUUUAUCCUUUGGGCUUGAUCUCGCUCUUUCUUUAAACAUGAAGGACAUUGUUAUUGAAGGGGAUUCAAUGCUGGUCUUUCAGGCGGUUGCUAGCAAAAAGUGUCUCUCUUGGCAAUUGCAACAUUUUUUAGAUCACAUUCCACUACAACUAAAAGGUUUUUCCACUUUCUCUAUUUCUCACUGUUUCAGAGAGAUCAAUGUCUUUGCGGAUUUUCUAGCAAACAAGGCUGUUGUUGAGGGUGUUGAUUAUAUAGAACUUGCCCCUUCGGACAUUCCUAGCUCCUACAUGAAGCUUCUCUCUUAG